CAACAAUAUAAACGUAUAAUCUUUUAGAGUCAAUUAACUUUAGGUUGGGAAGUUUUUAAUGAAAUGUCCAUUUACGUCAUCUGCUUAACGACCAAUGGGGGGUUGCCAAUUCUUACUCGUAAAAAAGGAGAUUGUGAAAAUCUACCAUUCUCUACUAUGGCUUCUUUAAAUUGAUUUCAUAUGUUCUUUAAAUCAUUAGGCAUUCGUUUAAACAGGACGUACGCCGAGAACUGGAAAUAUAUUUGGAAAGAUUUUGACAACUCUAUUACAAUAAUCAUUUGCUCAGUAGCAGAGGGUAUUGAGGACUACGUUCUUGAUCUAUUACCGGAAAUAGUAUAUGCAGCGUUUAGUUUAUUUAUAAGCCGGGAUGAAAUGACACAUCCUACAUUUGCGGAGCGCUUAAAAAAAGAAUCUAAGCACUAUCUUCCGAUAUUAGAUGCUAUUUUAGAGGCCGGUAUAAGUCAAUUCCUUGGGUUCUCCAGUUGUCUUCUUUCCACUGACAAUACACAUAUAGUGCAGCGUUUAAACAACGACUUCAGCUCUCAAUGUGGUUCUUUAUUCUGUUGUUUGCUUGUGGGACAACGAAUAGCUGCAGGUACAGAGGGUUGGUGGGAUUUAAAUAUCGUGGAUAGCGUGCAAACAUCGUGUUCGCUGCAAAAUGAUAUUGCAGUUUAUUUGCCGAAGAAAAGUCCAAACGUAAGAUAUAACACUUUUACUUAAGUUAAUCUGUCUGUUGAAAAUGUUAUCGGAAAGAAUAUUAUAGAUUAAGUUAAUAUACCAAUCAGUUAGCUUUCCCUAAGUCAUAUUGUUCAGUUAUAACCAACCAAAUUGGAGAUGUGUAUUAUGUUGAUUUUGUGCGCUCUGCUCGGAUAGGUAUCAAAAAAAGAUAUUUGGAGACAUGGAUUGACCUACAAUGUUAAAUUAAUUCUUUUUGUGGAUAAAUAACCAGUUAAUCGUCUAUUAGACCCGAAUACAAGAUAUUCUAAGAUAUAAGUCAUAAAAAUCAUGAUAUUAGCAUUUUCUACUCUGAUUUAAUAAUAUAUGUUACAGCUAACUAUAGGACCUAAAUUACUAUUAGAAGAUAUUAAAUUGUUUGAAAAAAUAUGCGGUGGGGAGCCAAAACAAAUAGGAUAAUAAAGAUGAAAUAAAGAGUACAAUAUAAUAAAUUUGCGAUAUAAUAUUAAA